UUAUGUGUGAAGAAAGUUUUAAACUAAGCAUUUUGGAUGGAGAGAUUUCAUGUUUCAAUGAUGUAGGAUGCCAGGAUAUGAACUAGGUACACACAAAAAUGGGUCUGAAUUGAUGUUAGUGGAUUACCAAAACGGUUCCACAAAUGCUCCUCUACAUUGACUAUUGUUGACUACCGUAAAAGCAUGUACCACAGAAAGCAGGGAUGAUGAUCUGUUCACCAUUAAUAAAUGCAUAAACUUUGGAACAGUUUAUAUAGCAUCAACCGCUUCACAUUAAACUGACAUACAUUUCACCAAAAGUCCUCUGCAAAAUGGUCUCAGCUUCUUCUCCCCCUUCUAAGGAAAUGGAAGCUAAAUCAGAUCAGAAAUGGGUGGAGAAUGGUCCCUCUCGCAAUGCCAAAUGGUGGUACUCAACUUUUCACACUGUGACAGCCAUGAUUGGUGCUGGUGUGCUCAGUCUGCCCUAUGCCAUGGCAUAUCUAGGAUGGGUACCAGGGACCUUGAUUCUGUUUCUAACUUGGUGCCUGACCUUAAAUUCAAUGUGGCAAAUGAUCCAACUCCAUGAGUGUGUCCCCGGAACCCGGUUUGAUCGUUACAUUGAUCUUGGUAGACAUGCUUUUGGACCAAAGUUAGGACCAUGGAUUGUGCUGCCCCAGCAACUGAUUGUGCAAGUUGGGUGUAAUAUUGUUUAUAUGGUCACCGGAGGGAAGUGCCUGAAGAAGUUCAUGGAGAUUGCUUGCACCAAUUGUACUCAACUCAAGCAAUCUUGGUGGAUUGUCAUUUUUGGUGCCAUCCAUUUCCUCUUGUCUCAGCUUCCCAAUUUCAACUCCGUUGCAGGAGUUUCUUUAGCAGCUGCAGUGAUGUCACUGAGCUAUUCAACUAUAGCUUGGGUAGCAUGUUUGGCUAGAGGCCGUGUUGACAAUGUUAGCUAUGCAUACAAGCAAACCAGUUCUACGGACUUAAUGUUCAGAAUCUUCAAUGCACUUGGUCAAAUUUCAUUUGCAUUUGCUGGCCAUGCAGUGACCCUUGAAAUUCAGGCCACAAUUCCAUCAACCCCUGAGAAGCCCUCAAAGAUACCAAUGUGGAGAGGUGCUAUAGGUGCAUAUUUCAUCAAUGCUAUAUGCUAUUUCCCACUGGCACUGGUAGGAUAUUGGACCUUUGGAAGAGAUGUUGAGGACAAUGUGCUUAUG